AGAAACUGUCUUGCUUUUGUUUUACAUACUUAAUGGACAGACCCCCACUCACCCCUUACCCCCCUACCCCCACCCCCCCGCCGUGGCCCCCCUGCAGCCCUGUCCUCUUCAGACGACCACGCACGGGCGCAUACAGAAAAUUACCGGUUACCAAUUGCGAGCGCCGGAUCGGUCGGUCGGUCGAUGGAUCGAUGAAAAUCGAGAAAUCGGUCGAUGUUAAAAGAGGAGCGACAUUCAAUCCAUGGAUUUGGCGAUGAGAGUUGCGGAAAUGUCGAAUUCGAAUCCUGAGGAUAGGGAUUUCCUCUCCUCUCCAGCUCUCUCCCUUUCUCUCGCUGGAAUAUUUCGAGCGACGGAGGCGAGCGGCGGAAGUGGGCGCCGGGAUGAAACAGUCGAGAUAAGCAGCGAGAAUUCUGGUCCGGGAAAGUCCGGCCGGUCCGACGACGAAUUCGAAGGUGAGCAGCAUAGUGUUGAUGAUGUUGAAGACGAAGACGAUAACAAUGGCGGGAAGAAGAAGAGGAAGACAUAUCACCGACACACUCCAGCACAGAUUCGAGAAAUGGAAGCGUUAUUUAAGGAGUCUCCACAUCCUGAUGAGAAACAAAGGUUGCAGUUGAGCAAGCAAUUAGGGCUUCAUCCUAGGCAAGUCAAAUUUUGGUUUCAAAAUCGUCGAACCCAAAUCAAGGCUAUACAAGAACGCCAUGAGAACACAAUAUUGAAAUCUGAAAUAGAUAAACUGCGUGACGAGAAUAAUGUUUUGAGGGAAACUGUGAAGAAGCAGUCUUGUCCAAAUUGUGGGCUUGUUUCCUCCAGCCAGGAUACCAUUUCAGCCAGUAAUGAGCAAGCACUAAGAAAUGAAAACAUCAGACUCAAAGCCGAGGUUGAAAAACUUCGGUCAGUUAUCGCUAAAUACUCUUCUGGAACAUCACCAAACAGUUCUUCAUAUCCCUCAGGAACUGAGCAAGAAAGCAGAAGCUCCCUGGAUUUUUACAGAGGCAAGUGCGGGAUUGAGAAACAGGAUAUAAUAGAUGUUGUGAACAAGGCAAUGGAUGAGCUGAUACAGAUGGCUACCCUUGACGAACCAUUGUGGAUUCGAAGCUUUGAGACAGGGCGGCAAAUACUGAACUACGACGAGUACAUCAAAGAGUUCUGUGGUGGAAAUGUCAAUAGCAUGCAGCCCAAGAAGUCCAUAGAGGCUUCAAGAGAGAGUGCUGUUGUGUUUGCUGAUCUUCCAUGGCUUGUCCAAUGUUUCAUGGAUGUGAAUCAAUGGAAGGAGCUGUUUCCCUGCCUGGUCUCAAGGGCAGCUGCUGUAGAUGUUAUUUCCGAAGGAGACGGCUCCAACAGGGAUGGCGCAAUUACCUUGAUGUUUGCUGAGAUCCAAAUGCUCACCCCACUGGUUCCUGCUAGGGAAGUGUACUUUGUUAGACACUGCAAGCAAUUAAGUGCCGGUAAAUGGGCUGUUCUUGAUGUCUCUGUGGACAAGGUUGAAGACAACAUAGACUCGUCUCUACAAAACUGCAGAAAAAGACCAUCUGGUUGCAUCAUUGAGGACAACUCCAAUGGUCACUGUAAGGUGACUUGGGUUGAGCACCUGGAAUGCCAGAAGAGAGGCAUACAUUCCCUCUACCGAACCAUGGUUAAUAGUGGGCUGGCAUUCGGUGCGAAGCACUGGAUUUUGACUUUACAACAGCAGCGUGAACGCCUCGUGUUCCUUAUGGCUACAAAUGUUCCUACAAAGGAUUCGAGUGGGGUUACUACACUUGCUGGAAGAAAAAGUGUCCUGAAAUUGGCACAAAGAAUGACAUUGAGCUUUUGCCGAGCUGCGGGUGCAUCGAGAUACAACUCUUGGAAAAAGAUCAUCACGAAAAAUGGAGAUGACCUCAGGGUAGCUUCUCGGAAGAAUCUCAGUGAUCCGGGAGAGCCCGUCGGGACCAUCAUGUCUGCAGCUUCGUCUGUGUGGUUGCCAGUCUCUCCCUACACUCUAUUCGAUUUCCUAAGAGACGAAAAUCGAAGAAACGAGUGGGAUGUCAUGUCGAACCAGAACCGAUCCCAGUCCAUCGCAAACCUGUCGAAAGGCCAAGACCGCGGCAAUGCUGUCGCAAUCCUGGCCGUGGAGGCUGAAGAAUGCAGCAAAAUGUGGAUACUACAAGAUAGCUGCACGAACGGGUACGAAGCAAUGGUGGUGUACGCACCUGUGGACAUUGACGGGAUGCAAUCGGCGAUGACGGGUUGCGAUUCUAGCAGCAUUGGUGUUCUACCGUCGGGAUUCGCAAUUCAUUCCGACGGUGCAGAGUCGAGGGGUUUCGUGAUAUCUUCGAAGGAUGAGGAGAAGAGCAGUGAAGGAGGAUCGUUGCUAACGGUUGUUUUUCAAGUUCUUCUCAGCAGCAGCCGCAGCAGCAAGUCUUCGUCUUCUUCCAUGGAUGAUUCAAUAGAUUCAGUUGAGUCUCUAAUGGCGUGUACACUGCACAACAUUAAGACAAGUUUGCAGUGCGAAGACUAGACUAGAGAUACUAAUACUCUAAACACUACUUUUCCAUUUAACUUACUACUACUUUCAUCAUCUUUGUUAAAAGUUUUUUUGUGCAAGUUAUUUCCUUUUGUAUAUUA